AUGCUCCUUUCCACCCCUGCACGCGUCUCCGCCGCUGGAGGUCCCGCCAACGCAACUGCGCCCGCCAACGUGACUGCUAAGGCGGCUGCGCGUGCAAACGCGACCAAGUCUGGAAAUGCUACUAAAGUCGCCAACAGCGCGGUGGGAGUGGCGACGGCAAGGCUGAGCAAGGGCGCAGGCAAAGGAAAGAACUCCACAUGCGCCUAUUACAGAAACUACAACGCCAACCCCUACUUCGGCAAGGGGCUCACCUCGAAGUUUCUUGACGCGCUCUUUGGCAAGCGAUGCGGCGCGUGCUUCAAGGUGAUAUGCACGAACGACACGAAGCGCUGCCGCAGCGGCAAGGCCACCGUCACCGUCCGCGUCGUCGGCGCGACGAAGACGGAGGAGAAGCAAGUUUCCCUCUCUGCCGUCUCAUGGGCCAAAAUCGUGCAGGGUUCGGACGCCGCCCCUGUUAACAUCACGUACAUGCGCACCAACUGCCAUUCGACCGCCGGAUCCGCGGUGCGCGUGCGCAACAACUCUACCGCGGAGAAAUUCAACAUUCAGAUGGUCAAACUUGCCGGCCCCGGCACGCUUAUCGCGGUCGAGCUUAGCGUGGAUGGCAAGAAGUGGGUGAAGCUGACCCGCGACGGCAACAGGGUGAUCUGGGGAAUUGCGGGCAAAGAGGCGAAGGAGGUUUUGGGCGCGAAGAAGGCUAUGAGCGUUCGCCUCACUGCAGGACACACCUUCGAGAAAAUCACCCUCGAGAAUGGCAUUCCCGCCGCCUGGAAGCCUCAAACGCUCUACUCCUUCAAGAUCAACUUCAAGAAGCUCAUGGCUGAGGCCAAGGAGACGUCGCUUCCAGACUCUUUUUCUGAACCAGUAGAGGUUUCUUCGUACUACCACGCGUCAAUUGCCGUCUGUCCUUCUGGCCCGUGUUCCACUCAGAUGGCGUCACGGUUGCCAAUUCUAGCAGCGAUGGCUUUCCUCUUCUUCGGCCAAGUCGCAGGCGGAUUCUUACCCUUUCCCUUGCCGAUUCCUGUUCCUGGUGUCGGCUCGGGUGGAACGGUAUGCACGUGGAAUCAAUUCGUCGGGGAGAUGAAGCAACUGCGGAAAGCCUUAACAAAACGACCGAGGAAGUACCGGGUCAUGGCUCUCGUACUGAAACGAGCGAUUAAGGAGCUCGAGGGCGACACGUCAGCACCUGGAACCAAGCAGCUGCAGCAGGAGCUGGUGGCGAAAAAGAAGCAGGCAGUGGAGCAGAGGAGCACUAUGAUUGAAGCGCCUCAAAAAGAGAUUCCCAAACUGGAUUUCCCUUUGCUCCCCCUUUCCUCUCCAACUAUUCGCUGUCAUCAGACCAAGCAGCUGGAGCAGGAGCUGGAGGAGAAGAAGAAGCAGGCAGAGGAGCUGGAGGCCAGACUGAGGACACUGGAAGCACAGUCCGCAGCAGCAGCUGGAGGCGUUACUACUACCCUUCCUCUUGCCACCGCCACCACCACCGCCGCUGCUGCUGUUGCUUCUGCUAUCCCGAUCGCCCCACUUUCCACCCGGCCUGCACCGUCCCCUAUCAAGCUGCUUCACUCCACAAGCUUCGGAGCCACAGGCACCUCUGGCUUGGCCCUGCGUCUCCCUUCCUUCUACUCCCUCGGAGCCCCUCUCUCCCCAACCGGACGGGGAGGCUCGACGUUUGGUUCGGGGGCCGGCAGGCUCGGGGCGGGGGUUUUGGGUUCGGCAGGGGGAGGAGGAGGCAUGGGCGGGAGUAUAGGCAGAGGGCACAAGAUGGGCAUAAGAGAUGGACAUGGGACAGGAAGAGGGGCGGGUUCUGGGAAGGGUCAUGGGAUGGGGUCUGGGAUGGGGCCUGGGGUGGGAUCUAUGGGCCCUCCUGGGUUGGGUUCUGGAGGGGCGUUGGCGUUAGGGUUUGGUCGGGGGGGGAUUACUCCCGCUGUGGCUGCUCUCUCCGGAAUGGCGCCCACUCCUGCUGCUGUGGCUUCAAACGGAGCUCCUCUUGCUCCCCAUGAGGCGUUUCCGAGCAGUCGCAGCGAUGGCGGUGCGGGCGGCGGCGGUGGGUUUGGUGGAGAUGCUUCGACGCGGGUUGCUCUGUUCACGUGUCAGGACGACGGGUGGGCAGGCAGGGACGGAUCCGGCCAGUAUGGUUCUGGUGCUGGUGCUGGUGCUGGUGGUAAUGAGGCCUGGUUGGGAGAUGCAGCAGUGACAGUGCCUGUGGAAGCAAUAGACAACACCACCUCUAUCCAAUGGCCUUCUGCAACGAUCCCUUCCUCUGGCACGUCUGGUACUAUUCCUGGUGCCACUCCUGCUGCUUCUUCUGCUGCCGUUUCUGGCGUUCGGGCAGCUGCAGUGGCGGCAGGGGCGAGGGUACUAGGCUCCUCUGGUUCUCUUCUCCCCGGGGCUAGGUCUGGCCCUUCGUCCCCUGCUGUGGUUCCCCACCCUCGUGCUCUCGGGUUUGUGACUGUUGACGACGCCCCUCUGGAUGCUUUCAAUGCUGCUCCUCCCCAGCAACAGGUGCCAGUUCAAAAUCUGGUUCCUUCCCACCCUCGCGCGCUUGGCUUUGAAGCUGCCGAAGAUGCCACUCGGAAAGCACUGGAGCAGUCGUUUCAGAGGGAAACAGUGGCUCAGAGUGACGCCUUUCAAAGAGAGGCGCUUCAAGGAGAGGGGGAGGGUUAUGCGAGGGAAACGGCGUUUGGAUCAGAAGUGGGGUUUGAUGGGCAAGCAGCGUCUCAGACGGGGGGUUUUCAAAGGGAGGGUCCUCACCCUCGCUUGCUUGGUUCUGUGCUUGUAGCUGAUGCUUCGCUGACGGCAGCAGGGAGUGGGGAGGGGGAUGCUGGCUGCAAACAGGAGAAGGAGAAGAAGAAGGAGGAGAAGCAGGAGAAGGAGGAGGGGGAGGAGGAGAAGGAGGGGAAACAGGCGAAGUGGCGACACCAGAGAAGGAAGCAGAGAAGCUCAGCAGUAGUGAGACCGGAAGCGGACACGACAGCUGCAGCAGUAGAAGCGAGAGAAGUAGAAGCAAGAGGCUCGAAAGGGCGAACAGCAGAAGCGAGAGCAGCAGUGGCAGCAUCGGCUGGAGCAGCCCACGAAGGAAGUGAGGAGAGAGGAAUUGAGGUGUCAUUUCAAAAGCCGGCGGAAGGAGCAGCAGAAGCAGAGACUAUGGACAAUACAGCAGCCAGAGCGGCAGGUGAAGCUGCUGCAGCAGUGCCUGCAGCACGAGGGCUGGGAGGCAAAGCCAACUUGGUCAACCAAAGAGGGGGUUUAAUCAAGGGGGGCUUUAAUAGGGCUGGACAGGGGGGAGAUGGGGGGGGGAGGGGAACACGAGGGGGGAGGGUGGGGGCAAGAAUUGACCGGGUCAAGGCAGGAAGAGGGAGGGGACGGGGGAAAGGGCGGGGUGGUGAGGGUGGUGUUGGUGCUGCUGCUGCUGUGGCUGGUGCUGGCAAGGUGGCGAGUCUAAAACAAAAGGGGAAGGCCAGUGCUUUGGCUGAGUCAAAAGGUAAAGAGCUGGCAGCUGCUGAUAACCCAAGAGGAAGCUCAAGAGGGAAGGGAGUGACUGCCGGUUUCAAAAGGAAGAGGGGUGGAAUGGGUUCAAAGGAGACUGGAAUGCAGAGGGACAAGGAGGGAGAUGUGACGGCGGUGGUGCGUACCUCUGAGGCGCCUCGGAAAACGCAGGAGGAGGAGGAAAGGGAGGCGCUUGUUUUGAGGAUAUUGCGUGGUCAGGGAAGCAUAAGAGAGGGAGGGAGUUUGGCGACGCGGCAAGUGAGUGUAGUGAAAGGGGAAAAGGGUGCGAUUGGGAAGAAACGAGGCACAGGCAGUGAUGGGGAUGGAGAAGUGGAGGUAACGGGGAGCCCAGGUGGGAAGGAGAAGGAAACAGAUGUGGAGUUGCCAGGGGAGGAAAUGGAGGAAGGGGAGGAAAGGGAGGAAGUGGUGGAAAGAGAGGAAGGGGAGAACAGGGAGGAAAGGGAGGAAGGGGAGGAAAGGGGGGAAGGGGAUGAGAGGGAGGAAGGGGGGCCUGAAGGGGUUAACAAGAAGGUAGGGGUCCAGAAGGAAGUGGGGGACAGGGGGAGACAGCAGCUGGGGCAAGGUUUGGGGCUAGGGACAGGGCAUGGGGAGAGGCAUGGGGAGGGGUCAGGUGCGAGGCAAGGAGAAGGGGAUACGCCAGCAGCGAAGAGGCAGAAAGCAGUGAGAGGAGGAGGGGAGGCGGCGAGAGAGUUUGCAUUUGGAGGAGUAACUGAUCUUCCAGGAGGUAUUGUAGAAGGAGAGGGGGCACCGGCAGAUGGAGUGGGGAAGCGGGAGGUCAAGGAGAAAGAGGAGGGAAGAAUGGAGGGAGAAGAAGAGGAGAAGGCAAGUGUAGUAGCGAGAGAACAAGAUGCAGAGAGUGGAGAGAACACGGUGAGUAUGACAUUUCUUCCUGCUGUUAUCAAGGCAAAUACUGGCAGCGCAGAAGGAACAGGGGCGGGAGUAGGGGCAGGGGCAGGGGCAGGAGCAAGAGCAGGAGCAGGAGCAGGAGCAGGAGCAGGAGCAGGAGCAGGAGCAAGAGCAGGAGCAGGAGCAGGAGCAGGAGCAGGAGCAGGAACAGGAGCAGGAGCAGGAGCAGGAGCAGCAGGAGGAGGGGCAGGAGCAGAUACAAGGGAGGUGGUAAAGAAAGGAGGGGGAAAGGGAGGAGGAAGAGAGCAUGCAAGUGGUGAGGGCGGUGCAGAGAAGCGUGAUGGCUGCAAGGAGUUGAAGGGAGUGGGAAGAGGAAAGAAUCUGGUUCAAGGUAAUGGCGGGAUGCUGGCCAGAGCUGCUGCUAACGAGAAUACUGGAGGAGAGAGCCGAAGAGGAGGUAGGGGCGGAAGCAGUGGGAGGGCGUUGAGUAGGGGGCGAGGGCGGGGGGGUGGUGGGAUUGACCGAGGGGGAAGGGGAGGAGGCGGACGAAUGGGGAGAGGAGGGAGAGGGGAGAGAGGGGGGCGUGUUGGAGGGGGGGGUGGCAGAAGAGGCAAGGGAGUGGUCAGUGGUGCAGGGAUCGAGGCUGUGAGAGACUUGGGUGAGUUGGGGAACGGUGGGGAAGCGGGGGGCGGAGCGGGAAGGGGGACAGCAACCGAAGGAGGGGCAGGGGUGGGAGCGUCCGGAGGAGCAAGGGCAGCGGAUGGGGUAGGGAGCAAGGAAGGGGGCGGGCAUUCAGGAGGAGGGGAGAAGGCAGCUGGUGAGAGUGGGUCUGAUGCAGGAGGAGCUGCGCAAGAGGCAGGGAUAGGCACCCGGUACAGCCAACGCCUGGGAGGCAGGCAGGUGGGCUUUGAGGAAUGGGUGGGACUGCGGUUUCAGGCAGGUGGAGCCGGAAGUAUGAUGGAUAAACCACACUAG